UCCCACAAAUCUGUUGUCAUAUUCCCCCUGCAGACAGAUGGGUCCAUAACUCUGUGUGUACAAGACUCCUGGUUACCAGAGAAGUUGUAAUUAACCCUCCCAGAAAGCUCACAAUGACUAACUGGGAGCAGCUACUACCCCCUGGAGACCCUCCAAAAUAUGAGCUUAACCUGAAGGUUGGGAAGAGGAAUGUGUUUGUCACUCAACUGGAGGAGGGCAGGGAUGACGAAGAAGAAGUCACUCAGAUCCCGGUUAUCAAGGAGGCUGCUGGUAAGAUACUGGACACCAGUAAGAACACUUUACAGAAGACACUGGUUUUGAAAAAAGAGGUGGAGUAUGACCGUGUCAGCCAAGAGCUGGUUCAUAAACGAGAGGAAUACAGUGAACGCAUGCGCUGGCUCGAAGAGCGGAAGGAGGAGUUUGCACUGAGACAGAAGGAGUACUCCGAAAAAGCGGUAACGUUUGAGAAGUUCCUGAAGGACAGCGAUGCCAAGAGAAGACGAGCCAUAUCAAAAUACCAGACAGAGUCACGGCAAAACGAUCUACGGCAGAUUGAGAUUUUGGACCUGGCACCACAGCUAGAAGAUCGGAGGAAGAGACAGAAGAAGCUGCAUGAAAAGAGGAAGAUGCACAAAAUCUAUGAGGAUUUCUUAUUGAAAAUGGUGGAGAAGGUCCCGGAUAAUUAUCUAGAAUACGGCGUCGAUUCCCCGGUGAAGGCCAUUAUCAGACGCUACGAGACCCUCGCUCUGACCAAUGAGAACCUAGUGAACAAUCUGAUGGGUCUGGCAGAUGAACAGGAGAGUUCGCAGCUCAGGCUGGAAGCUCUGAAGAGGCAACACGACACCAUGAAGCUGACAAUGACCAGCGAACUGUCUCAGCUGCAGCUGAAAUAUGACCGUCUCCGGGAGAGGAACAAACAGCUGGAAAUGACAUUUAACUUGGAGAAGAGUCAGUUCCGGAACCAGAGUGUGGAAAUCGGCAGCUUGCUGCUGGCUGUGAUAAAUCUGGCCGAUCAGUGCCACAUGAAGCAUUACGGGCCCCUGGCUGAAGUGGAACUCACCCAAAAACUGGAUAUGAUCAAGGAAUAUAUUUUGGAAAAAUUGCAAAUAGAAAAAUUAGCAAAAUCUCCCCCUGAGGAUCUGCAGCUUCUGUCGGAGGAGCGCGGCGCAAAACUGAAGAAGAAGACAACAAGCAGCAAGGAACCUAAAAAAAAGACGCUGGACGGCAACAAGCGGAGAACGUCCAACACCGGACCAAACGCGUGACGGUGGAACAAGAGUGAUAAGGGAUGCCUGGACUGCGACCUAGUAGAAUGGAGCCACACAUCAGGGGUUAAACCGUCUGUACAUGUAUGUAGCCUCAGCCCCAGCCGUGUAUGUACAGAUGUGUACUAACCCCCAAUACACUGGCAUCCGUGUAGGUCCUGAUGGUCCAGUCAAUGAAGGUGCACGAGACAAGGACGAUGGCGGCUCCGCGUACAAGGAGUCUCAUCAUCCAUCAGUCUUGCUGUGUUUAUUGUAAAUAAAAUAUAAUACAGUUUGAUUAAAAAA